AUGGUGACUCCCCCGUGGUCAGUCUCACCUGCCUCCCCGCCUGCACCCAUGCAGCACAGCCAUGCACCAGCUCUCACCCAUGCAGCACAGCCAUGCACCAGCUCUCACCCAUGCAGCACAGCCAUGCACCAGCUCUCACCCAUGCAGCACAGCCAUGCACCAGCUCUCACCCAUGCAGCACAGCCAUGCACCAGCUCUCACCCAUGCAGCACAGCCAUGCACCAGCUCUCACCCAUGCAGCACAGCCAUGCACCAGCUCUCACCCAUGCAGCACAGCCAUGCACCAGCUCUCACCCAUGCAGCACAGCCAUGCACCAGCUCUCACCCAUGCAGCACAGCCAUGCACCAGCUCUCACCCAUGCAGCACAGCCAUGCACCAGCUCUCACCCAUGCAGCACAGCCAUGCACCAGCUCUCACCCAUGCAGCACAGCCAUGCAGCCCGCUCAACACUCUCUGAACCCACCGUCCAUCACGCGCAUGGACCGCACUCACCCUGCUGCCCGCUUCUCUCCCUCCCCGCCGUUCUCCCAUGCAUGUGCCUGCAGCUGCAGGCGCUGUUGCGCAUGGGCAUGCCAGCGGGGGUGUGCAGCACGCGCAACGCCACCACGCCACUGCACGUGGCAGCGUAUGGCGGCCACGUGGACUGCAUGUGCCUGCUGGCGGCUGUGCGUGCCUGGCGGCUUGACCAAGCAGCAGUGGGAGGCAGUGAGAUGACUUGCACACCAGGGAAUAGAGCCAGCAGAGGUAGAAGCAGCGGGGGCCAACCCCAAGGCGGUUCAGAUAGUGUGGGAGGAGCAUGCGCGGCGGGCAGGCCAAGGAGGGGAGAGGGGGCAUGGGUUUUGGAAGGAUGGUGUGCUCAUCUUGUCUCCCCUUUCCCCUCUCAUCUCCACUCUACCCCAUCCCUCUUCCUGCCCUCCUGUCCCCAUCCUUCUCCCUCAGGAGAGCCGUACACCAACUGCACCGCUCUGAACCCAUUUGUGCAGUGGAAUCUGCAGCCGCUGCUACCAGCCACUCCCCCCUCCUUCACCCUCACCUCACCACCCCCACCCGCCUUCACGCCGCCAUACGCCCUCUCGUCCAUCUGCUUGUGGACGUCCCUCUCCGCCAUCGCACCUGGUCGCACACAAGCAACAGCCCUCCUGCCACUGCCGCCACACACAAAGCCUGCUGAUGCAGAUGCUGGCAGUGGAGGCGAGAAGGCAGUGGGGGGCGCAGUUGGUUCGAGUCAGGGCGUGCAGGGGGAGUGGGCAGUGGCGGGGUAUGAGGCGAUGCGUGUGGUGCAGGUGGGGGGUGGGUGGCGCCAGGGCAGCUAUGGCCUGCCCUCCUCCCUCGCUGCCUCUGCUGCACCUGCUGUGUCUGGAAGGCAAGGAAAGGGGAUGGGGGGAAGCAGGGAAGGGGAUGGGGGGAAGCUGGGAAGGGGAUGGGGGGAAGAAGGGGAGGGGAUGGGGGGAAGCAGGGAAGGGGAUGGGGGGAAGCAGGGAAGGAGGGGUAGCACCGGGGGGAAAGGAGGAGAAGCAGGGGGGGAUAGGAGGGGUAGCACCGGGUCUCCCCCCCUCUCAGCGCACCUUCUCCCCCCCUCUGUCCUCUCCUCCUCCCCCCUCUCAGCGCACCUUCUCCCCCCCUCUGUCCUCUCCUCCUCCCCCCUCUCAUGUAGUGCUUGA